AGUCUGAGGGCCGCGGCAUUCGGGAUGACUUCGGGCGGGUGAGUGUCCCUGGGGCAGAGCAGAGGGAGAGGUGAAACUUCGGGAGCCGGGAGCGCCGCGGGUCCUUUCUGGCGUCUGCAGAGCCGGCAGGUGCGGGGGCCGCAGACGCCGGAGCCCAGGGAGCGGGCGGUUGGAGUCUUAAGUCCAACCGGUUCCCCGCAUAGGUGGCUGCAGAGGCGAGGUGACGGCGCGUGCGGAACGAACUCUGCACCCCCAGGAACGGGGAACGCUGGCUUUUCCGUGGGAAAAUUCCACGUGGAGGUGGCCUCUCGCGGCCGGGAAUGUGUCUCGGGGAGGCCCGAGUGUGGGAAUCGGCUCGGGAGUGCGGGGUUCGGGGCUCUCUGCUUGGAACUCAGAGGCGCUGACCCAGCCUGGGGCCCGUUUGCUGCCCACGGGAGGAGCCGCCGUCAGGGCUCGAGAUUUCUGUGGCUCCUCAAGAUAUUGGUCAUAAUCCUGGCACUUGGCAUUGUUGGAUUUAUGUUCCUUCAAGCAGUGUUCAGCAGCCCCAAGCCAGAACUCCCAAGUCCUGCUCGGGGUGACCAGAAGCUGAAGCUUCUGCCUGAGGAACGUCUCAGGAACCUCUUUUCCUACGAUGGAAUCUGGCUGUUCCCGAAAAAUCAGUGCAAAUGUGAAGCCAACAAAGAGCAGGGAAGUUACAACUUUCAGGAUGCCUAUGGCCAGAGCGACCUCCCAGCGGUGAAAGCAAGGAGACAGGCUGAAUUUGAACACUUUCAGAGGAGAGAAGGGCUGCCCCGCCCACUGCCCCUGCUGGCCCAGCCCAACCUCCCCUUUGGGUACCCAGUCCACGGAGUGGAGGUGAUGCCCCUGCACACGGUUCCCAUCCCGGGUCUCCAGUUUGAAGGACCCGAUGCCCCCAUCUAUGAGGUCACCCUGACAGCUUCUCUGGGGACACUGAACACCCUUGCUGAUGUCCCAGACAGUGUGGUGCAGGGCAGAGGCCAGAAGCAGCUGACCAUUUCUACCAGUGACCGGAAGCUGUUGAAGUUCAUUCUUCAGCACGUGACAUACACCAGCACGGGGUACCAGCACCAGAAGGUUGACAUAGUGAGUCUGGAGUCCAGGUCCUCAGUGGCCAAGUUUCCAGUGGCCAUCCGCCAUCCUGUCAUACCCAAGCUAUACGACCCUGGACCAGAGAGGAAGCUCAGAAACCUGGUUACCAUUGCCACCAAGACUUUCCUCCGCCCCCACAAGCUCCUGAUGAUGCUCCGGAGUAUUCGAGAGUAUUACCCAGACUUGACAGUUAUAGUGGCUGACGACAGCAAGAAGCCCCUGGAAAUUAGAGACAACCACGUGGAGUAUUACACGAUGCCCUUUGGGAAGGGUUGGUUUGCUGGUAGGAACCUGGCCAUAUCCCAGGUCACCACCAAAUACGUUCUCUGGGUGGACGAUGAUUUUCUCUUCAACGAGGAGACCAAGAUUGAGGUGCUGGUGGAUGUCCUGGAGAAAACAGAACUGGACGUGGUAGGCGGCAGUGUGCUGGGAAAUGUGUUCCAGUUUAAGUUGUUCCUGGAACAGAGUGAGAACGGGGCCUGCCUUCACAAGAGGACGGGAUUUUUCCAACCCCUGGAUGGCUUCCCCAGCUGCGUGGUGACCAGUGGCGUGGUUAACUUCUUCCUGGCCCACACGGAGCGACUUCAAAGAGUUGGCUUUGAUCCCCGCCUGCAACGAGUGGCUCACUCAGAAUUCUUCAUUGAUGGGCUAGGGACCCUACUCGUGGGGUCAUGCCCAGAAGUGAUUAUAGGUCACCAGUCUCAUUCUCCAGUGGUGGACUCAGAGCUGGCUGCCCUAGAGAAGACCUACAAUACAUACCGGUCCAACAGCCUUGCCCAGGUCCAGUUCAAGCUGGCUCUCCACUACUUCAAGAACCACCUCCAAUGUGCCGCAUAAAGGUGUGAGGGCAUAGGAGAAACACUAGGCCGGCUGGUUAUGGUAUCUAUAGCAGGCCACCAAAAACUGGACUCCUGAUAGGUGAACUUUGUACCAAACCAGCUGGUGGGUAGGGAAAAGGGAAAUGGCUCAGUUACUGGAAGUAUCAAUCAAAGGUGAAGGGUCAUUAGAAAUGAACUAGUCACUGACCAGGGCAAUGGAGACUGUAUUGAUAGCAAUGAUGAUUUGUACAAUGCCCUGCCUUUUUUGAAGCAUUUGCAUGGGCAGUAUCUCACAUCAUCUCAUCUGAUCUCACACAAAGACUACAUUGGUUUGUGUCCUCAGUCAAAAGAACAACUGCCUGGUCCUUGAUAGUUGUUUGGUGGAGAUUCUGUCACAGUCAGAAGCAUCCGAUCCAGCAUCACUGUCAUCCCUACGUUUUUAUUGAGUUCUAUCUUGUAGACUCAAAAAAUGUGAACAAUCCAGGGUCCUUGCCUUGAGGAGGUUUGCAGCCUGGUUCAGUUCAGUCCAGUCACAGAAUUAGGCAGCUGGGGUCAGAGGAUCAGAGAAGGGAAGGGGUCAGCAGGUCCCAGGUGGUGGAGGAAGACUCCGUGGAGUGAACUUGUUAGGAGCCUGAAAGCAGACAUUCAGGCAUCAGAGAGGGCAGGAGGGCCCUUGGGCCUUCCCACUGUCCACCAGAACAAAGGCUGCCCUGGCAUCAGACUCACUCCAGACCUGUUCCAGAAUGCCAGGGAUUGAACUCAGAGCCCAUGCCAAGGCGUGAUGGUGAACAGACAGUGUGAGUGUGGUGACAAGCCACUAAGCUCCAGUGACAUGAGGCCAGUUGCUGAUCACUCAAAACUCAUGUCAUUUACAGAGUGGUUCCAUCACUCUGUUGUUGGAUAAGCCUCUUUCUGUUGCCUGGGGGUUGGCAGAUUGCUGAGACCAGCUUGGUCAUGGAGACCCUAACCCAGUGGUGCUAGAGGAAUUAAAGACACACACAUAGAAAUAUAGAUUGUGGAGUGGGAAAUCAGGGGACUCAAAGCCUUCAGAGCUGAGAGCCCUGAACAGAGUUUGACCCACAUAUUUAUUGACAGCAAGCCAGUGAUAAGCAUUGUUUCUAUAGAUUAUAGAUAAACUAAAAGUAUUCCUUACGGGAAACAAAGGGAUGGGCUGAAACAAAGGGAUGGGCUCUGGCUAGUUAUCUGCAGCAGGAACAUGUCCUUAAGGCACAGAUAGCUCAUACUAUUAUUUGUGGCUUAGGAAUGCUUUAAGCGGUUUUCCGCCCUGGGUGGGCCAGGUGUUCCUUGCCCUCAUUCCGGUAAACCCACAACCUUCAGUGUGGGCAUCAUGGCCAUGAUGAACAUGUCACAGUACUGCAGAGAUUUUGUUUAUGGCUAGUUUUGGGGCCAGUUUAUGGCCAGAUUUGGGGGUCUGUUCCCAACAUGUUCCCCUUUUUGUUUUCCAAAGUGAUAAAAGCAAAGGCAGCUUUGUCACGGUGAGCUACUUCUCACAGGAGUCAGGAUCCGCACCUGCAGACUAUACAAAGACAAACAACACAGAUUAAAAGCACAAUCAUCAUUGAAAUCGCAGAGCUUCCAAGUGUCUUUAUCCAUUUUGAUUGGUUAAUAUCUGCUAAUCUGUCUGCAGCUCCUUCAAGCACUCCAGUCCCUGGCGUUGAGGUCAAGUGUGCCCAGGAUGCUUUAAAUAUUUGUUCGUUUAAUUUUGCAAUAUGCAAAGACAAGUUUGUAGAGUGUCCUUCUAGAUGCUUUUUUAUUCUUUCCCAAAUUUUGAUCUUAUUAACAGACAUUAAUAGUUUCCACAAAUCCUUAUGUUUAGCUUCUACAGCAGACCAUAUCAUUUGAGGUUGAGGUGCCGCUAUACUGCCAUGUUUCCAGAUAAUAAGAACUCUUGCUGUAUUUCUUACCUUUUCUACCAUCUGACUGUUUUGUUUAGACCAGCUGAACACAGUGUGGCUGUGGCAUGCAGACUGAGAGGUGUAAUUUAAGCUAAACAUCCCCUUAGGGGACCAAUCAAUAAUGAUUCCACAGGAAUCGUUGAGCAGCACCUCUGCCUGUUCUGCAGUGCAAUCUUCCCAAACAAGUACAUUCAUUAUUUCUGGCCAGGUCCAAUUCUGUUUACAAAUAGGUUUUGAGCUGCCUUUGCUUUGCCUCAAUUAUAGGAGCAGAUUUAUUAUGGUAAAUACUAAGAGCAGAAAGCAUGUGUAACUGUGUCAUACAGUGAUUACAUCCAGGCAUUAUUGCCAGCCAAGAUUAAUAAAUAUUCCCAAUAAGUAUAACUGUAUUCUGUGUUGUUCGUUGUUGAAGGAAUACUACGGCAAUGGUGAUCACCACUAUCAUAUCUAUCAUUAAAUUACUCUUUGUGACUGGUUGUCCCACUUUCCUCAGGUUUUCUUCUGCCAUCUGUGACAGCUUCUUGAUCUGUCCCCAGGUAGAUGGCUGUGUUUGACAGCUGUUUCUCAUGAUAGUUGGGGUCCUCCUCAGCAUCAGUCUUGACAUGGCUGCAACCGGGGGAUCCUCGGGAUCCUCCUGGAAUCUCUUCCUCGGCAUCUGGCUCAUGGUAAGGUUUCAGGUGUCUUGAUGGCACCCAAAUUGGCUGUUGAUUCGGUCCUGGAGAAACACAAGCAUAACUUCUACCAAGUUAUUAUUUUACCUAUUUCCCAACUUUUUGUUAUCAGAUCUCUCCACCAAACCAGUUGUUCUGCUUCUGUCUUUGCAGCUGGUUUCUGUAGAUGCUGUUCAGCUGCUGGCCUUUAGGCAGGCUAAAAAAAUUUAAAGUCAAUAAUGCUAGAAUCAAUUGCAUAUGGGGUGUCCCGUAGUCCCUGUUUCUCCCCUUUUGCUUUUGCAACUGCUGUUUCAGGGAGAGAUUCAUUCUUUCUACUAUGGCUUGUCCUUGAGAAUUAUAUGAGAUGCCAGUAAUGUGUUUAAUAUUCCAUAUAGAGAAAAAUGUAGCUAGAGCUUGGCUACUAUAGCCUGAGGCAUUAUCUGUUUUAAUAGAAGCUGGAAAGCCCAUCACCGAAAAACACUGCAAAAGGUGACGUUUAACACAGGCAGAAGACUCUCCUGAUUGGCAUGUAGCCCAGACAAAGUGAGAAAAGGUGUCCACACAUACAUGUACAUAAGCUAGUCUCUCAAAUGAGGGAACAUGUGUGACAUCCAUUUGCCAAAGAGAAUUAGAUUCCAAUCCUUGAGGAUUAACUCCUCCUGCAAAAGAUGAGGAAUGCACCAUUUGGCAAGUUGGGCAUCGCUGGAUAAUAGCUUUAGCUUCUUUCCAGGUGAUGCCGUAUCUGUGUUUGAGACCAGAGGCAUUAACAUAGGUUAAAUUGUGAAAGUGUCUAGCAUUAGAUAUUGCAUUAACAACUAGAUGAUCGGCCAUUUGAUUCCCUUCAGUUAAAGGUCCUGGAAGAAGUGUAUGAGCCCUAACGUGAGUGAUGUAAAAAGGAUGCAUUCUACUCCUGACUGCUGUUUGCAAUUGGGUAAAUAAAGUCAUCAGUUGCUCAUCUGUGUGGAAUCGUAGUUGAGCAUUUUCAAUUAAUUGUGUGGAAUGAACCAUGUAUGAAGAAUCAGAAAUCACAUUAAUAGGCAUAUUAAAAGCAGUCAAUACCUCAAUUACAGUUAUAAGCUCUGCUUUUUGAGCUGAAGUAUAGGGCAUCUGAAGUGCUUACUUUUCAAGCCAGAGUAAGAAGCUUUACCAUUACUAGACCCAUCUGUGAAGACAUUUUCAGCACCUUCAAGUGGUUUGAAUUUAGUUAUUUUAGGGAGAAUCCAAUUAGUUAAUUUCAAAAAUUGAAACAAUUUUGUUUUGGGAAAAUGAUUAUCAAGAAUACCCACAAAGUCAGCUAAAUGAGUUUGCCAAGUAAGACUAUUUAUAAAAGCUUGCUGUAUUUGUGCCUUCGUGAGAGGGACAAUAAUUUUUCCAGGACCAUAUCCAUGUAAUUUAACAAUCUGAGUUCUCCCAUUUCCUAUCAUAGUAGUGAUUUGAUCCAAAUAAGGAGUUAGAGUCCUUGAAUUAGUAUGCGGAAGAAAAAGUUACUCUACAAGAUCUUGCUCUUGAACAAUAACACCAGUAGGUGAAUGCCGAGUUGAAAAAAUUAGCAAAUCUAAAGUCUUUUCUGGAUCUAUUCUAUUUAUUUGAACUUUAUGGACUUGCUUUUUGAUUAGCUGCAGCUCUGCCUCAGCUUCUUUUGUUAAUUGCCCAGGGCUGGUGAGACUAGCAUCUCCUCUAAGGAUAGAAAAUAGGUUACUCAUGGCAUAGGUAGGAAUGCCUAGAGCAGGUCAUAUCCAGUUAAUGUCCCCUAGUAAUUUUUGAAAGUCAUUUAAUGUUUUCAAUUGAUCCCUACAUAUAGUUACUUUCUGUGGCACAAUGAUAGUGUCAUUUACUGAAGUCCCCAAGUAGGAGUACGGAGUAGCAGUCUGAAUUUUGUCAGGAGCUAUAAUUAAACCAGCACAAGAAAUCAAAUUUUGCAAGUGAUCAUAACAUUGGAGUAAUAUUUCUCGAGUGGGGGCAGCACAAAUUAUAUCGUCCAUAUAAUGAAUAAUGUAACACUGAAAAUUUUUUAUGAGUAGGUUCAAUUGUUUGCCCUACAUAAGUCUGGCAAAUUGUUGGACUGUUUAACAUGCCUUGUGGCAACACUUUCCAACGAAAAUGCUUGGCAGGCUGCAGGUUGUUUACUGCAGGAAUUGUAAAUGCAAACCGUUCACAGUCCUGCUCAGCUAAGGGGAUAGUAAAGAAACAGUCUUUUAAAUCUAUGACUAUUAAAGGCCAAUUUUUUGGAAUCAUAGCAGGAGAAGGCAGUCCUGGCUGCAAUGUCCCCAUAGGUUGUAUAACUGAAUUGAUGGCUCUUAAAUCAGUUAACGGUCUCCAUUUACCUGAUUUUUUCUUAAUUAUAAAAACCGGAAAGUUCCAAGGGGAAAAUGUUGGAGCUAUGUGUCCUUUUUCUAAUUGUUCAGUAACUAAGUCCUCUAAAGCCUCUAGUUUCUCUUUACUUAGUGGUCAUUGUUCUAUCCAAAUUGGCUUAUCUGUUAACCAUUUUAAAGGUAUAGGUUCUGGAGGCUUAACAAUGGCUGCCAUCAAAAAUGAUAUCCUAAACCUUGGCGGGAACUUUGUCUUUCCACUUGAAGUGGUUCCUUAAAACCUUGCAAAUUUUUUCCUAGUCCCAUACCAGGGACAUACCCCAUUUCAUGCAUCAUAUGUUGGCUAUACAAUUGCUCUGGAAUUAGAACUUGUGCUCUCCAUUGUUGUAACAAAUCUCUUUCCCAUAAAUGUAUAGGUACAGAAGUUAUAAUUGGUUGAAUAGUCCCAGGUUGUCCAUUGGGCCCUUCAAAAUGCAAAAUAUAACUACUUUGAUAUACUUCAGGGGCUUUACCAACUCCAACUAUGUUAAAGUGAGUGGGUUGAAUUGGCCACGUGGACAGCCAGUGCUGCAGAGAAAUGAUUGAAAUGUCUGCUCCUUUAUCUACCAAACCUUUAAAUUUCUUUCCCUGAAUAGUUAUUUCACAGGUAGGACAUUUAUCAAUAAUUUGAUUCACCCAGUAAGCUGCUUUGUCUUGUUUAUUUGUGCUUCCAAAUCCUCCUGUUUGUUUAAUUUCACUUUUCCCCAUUUCCACAUAUGGCACAAUCAGGAGUUGUGCUAUACGCUUUCCUAGCUCUGCUUUCCAGGAAAGAGAAGUAAAUAUAACACUUUGAAUUUCCCCAUUGUAAUCUGAAUCAAUGACUCCUGUACGUACUUGCACUCCUUUUAAAUUUAAACUAUAUCUACCUAGAAGUAAUCCUAUCAUCCCUGCUGGCAAGCAUCCACAGACCCCUGUUGGAACCUUUUGUGGAGAUUCCCCAAGCAUAAGGCUCACAGCAUUUAUGCAGCAUAAAUCUACUGUGGCACUACUGGCUGUGGUGGGGGACAGACAUUGUACAGGGGUGAGGGAGUGAGCUAUAAUAUUUCCCUCUUGAUCUGGGGGGUAUAUCCUAACAGGGAACUGCCAAGCCUCUGUAUCACCCUCUUGUCUAGCUUGCUCAAUUCCUGCCUGAAUAGAACUGAGAGCGGUCGCUUGAGGCACUGCUAGAACAGUCACUGGGGCAACUACUUUUCACCCAGUGUCCUCUGGAAAAGACAGAUCUGGAGGGUCAGGUCACUCUUUUUCUUCAAAAUAAUGAGGGGGUGCAGAAGAGUAAGGACAAACCUCUUCCUCAUUUGCCGCUUUAGCUUUAGCCAGCAAACAAACCUGCUCUGUCAUCUCUUCUGUUACUUUGUUAUACUUUCCUUCCUUCUCAUCAUUAGUGUGAAAAGGUUCUAAGGUGGAAUGAACCAGAGCCCACACUUGUCCCAUUGUUACCCUGAUGCUUCUGAGCUCCCCUUCUUACUCACCAUGGGGAUUGCUUAAGAGUACUCGGGUGUCCUCCAGCUUAGUUCCACGUUCUCCAACCGUCACUCUGGCAAUCCUUCGACUAGGGUUCAAGCCCCAUGUUGGGCACCACUUGCCGACACCAGCUCGGUCGUGGAGACCCUAACUCAGUGGUGCUAGAGGAAUUAAAGACACACACACAGAAAUAUAGGGUGUGGAGUGGGAAAUCAGGGGACUCACAGCCUUCAGAGCUGAGAGCCCCAAACAGAGUUUGACUCACAUAUUUAUUGACAGCAAGCCAGUGAUAAGCAUUGUUUCUAUAGGAUUAACUAAAAGUAUUCCUUACAGGAAACAAAGGGAUGGACUGAAACAAAGGGAUGGGCUCUGGCUAGUUAUCUGCAGCAGGAACAUGUCCUUAAGGCACAGAUCGCUCAUGCUAUUGUUUGUGGCUUAGGAACACCUUAAGAGGUUUUCGCCCUGGGUGGGCCAGGUGUUCCUUGCCCUCAUUCCACUAAGUCCACAACCUUCAGUGUGGGCAUCAUGGCCAUCAUAAACAUGUCAGAGUACUGCAGAGAUUUUGUUUAUGGCCAGUUUUGGGGCCAGUUUAUGGCCAGAUUUGGGGGCCUGUUCCCAACAGCAGAUUCUAUGACCACUUCAGCCCUGCCUUUACAGUUUCUGUUUACCUGUAGACUUUUUCUUCCUGUGGCCUAGGGUAGUUCAGGAUCACUAAAAAUGUGUUCUGUGAUAUAUUAAUAAAAAUUUCUGAAAAAUGAACUUACAGCAAAA